AUAUUCUUUUAUCAGCUGUUUCACUUCAGUGGAUCAUUCAGUCUUGUUCGUAAGGCAAUCGUCACUCCGACUGCUCUGAGCUCUCUUUAUGCCAUUGCCGGCUUCAGUUGGAAACGAUCGGCCGCGGAGUGAAGUCAGGGAACGGAAUUGCUCCAAUGUCUGUGUUGUGUAAAUAGUGCAUAAAAGAGUCAUCAAAUCCGAUAAUAAAAGUCACUUCUGAGAAGCAAGAUCAAUGUGAAUGUGAGAGGAUUUUCAGAACAUCUGUAUCACUGGAUUACUUUUUCAAGUUUUGCACCAUUAGCAACAUUCUACCUACUUAUUGUGAGAACGGCUGAAAAGUGCAGAAUGGAAGUGGAGAGCAGCAAAUGGUCAAAUAGAGUGCCUCCUCUCAAUAUCACUAAUGUAUCCGUUUGUCCUAAGGAGACUGAUUGUUGCUGGACAAGCAUAAGGAAGGCUUCGAAAAACACGAAACAUUCAUGGCAAAAUCCCAGCUAUCGGAUACAAACGGACGACCUUCCAAUAGAUCCCCGAGACUGGACUCGAGCUCAUGUUUGGAAGUGGCUCAAUGACUUGGCCGCACUGGAAGGACUCACAAUGACACCCGACAUUGCGGAGAAGUUCCCCAUGAAUGGCAAAGCUCUCUGUCUCAUGAGUCUCGAUAUGUACUUGAAUCGCGUGCCUAUUGGCGGCAAAACGCUCUACCGUGAUUUUCGCCUAAGAAUGACCCGAGCCAUGAGCCUCUGAACC